AGUUUAACAUUUCUGAUCCAGAAUACCUUAUACCUUAUAUUUGUGUUUCCUUCUCCUCACAUAUUCAUCUAUCACAUGGGAAGUGUCAUGAUUUACUGUUUUCCUACCAGUCGUGAACACAGAAACUGGAACAUCAUCACACAUCUGACAAGACUGAAAGAGUGUUUCAGUCACCUCUGGUCAUUGUCAAGUGGAAGUAAUUUACAACCUAAUAUUCUAGCCCCAUGGAACUGUAUAAUUUAACAAGUAACCUGGAAUUCCUUCUCCUUGGACUCUCAGAGGACCCUGAAUUACAACCUGUCUUAUUUGCACUAUUCCUGCUCAUAUACCUGCUCACUGUGAUUGGAAAUGUGCUCAUCAUCUUGGCCAUCAGCUGUGAUUCCUACCUCCACAGCCCAAUGUAUUUCUUCCUCUACAACCUUUCAUUGUCUGACAUGGGCUUCAGCAGCACCACCAUCCCCAAAAUGCUGAUAAACUUGCAUGCCCAUAACAGAACCAUAACUUAUGCUGAAUGCCUAACCCAGGUAUCUUUCUUUUUUCUUUUUGGGUGUAUGGACAGCGUUCUACUGGCAGUGAUGGCCUAUGACCGAUGGGUGGCCAUUUGUCACCCUCUACACUACCAAGUCAUUCUGAAUCCUCGUCUGUGUAGAUAUUUGGUUGUAAUGUCAUUUUGUAUCAGUCUCAUUGAUUCACAGGUGCACUGCUUUAUGGUGUCACAACUAAAAUUUUGUACUAAUAUAGAAAUCCCUCAUUUCUUUUGUGAUGUUCCAGAGCUUCUAAAACUUGCCUGUUCUGACACCUCUAUAAAUAGCAUAGUUAUUUUUCUUGUCAGUAUCAUUGUUGGAUUCCUCCCUGCCUCAGGAAUCUUUUACUCUUACUAUAAAAUUAUUUCCUCCAUUGUUAGAGUUCCUUCAUCUGGGGGGAAAUGUAAAGCGUUCUCUACUUGUGGAUCUCAUCUGUCAGUUGUUUGCUUAUUUUAUGGGACAGGUCUUGGUGUGUACCUUAGCUCAUCUAUUUCUAGUUCUUCCAAGGAAAGUGUGGUGACUUCAGUAAUGUAUACCAUGGUGGUUCCCAUGAUGAACCCCUUCAUCUACAGCUUGAGGAACAAGGAUAUCAAAAAGGCCCUCCAGAAAAUUUUCAGUCAAAUAAUAUGUUACCUACCUAUAUAAUCCCCUAAUAUAUAGUUUCUUAAAUUGUGGGCCUCACAAUUGAGAAUGG